AUGCAGCUUAAAAUAAUGCCGAGAAAGAAGCGCUUACCUGCAGGCAGAGUGGCCCUGAUUCUCUUCCUGUGCCAGAUGAUUAGUGCACUGGAAGUACCACUUGAUCCAAAACUUCUUGAAGACUUGGUGCAGCCUCCAACCAUUACUCAACAGUCUCCAAAAGAUUACGUUAUUGACCCUCGAGAGAAUAUUGUGAUCCAGUGUGAGGCCAAAGGGAAGCCUCCUCCAAGCUUCUCCUGGACCCGAAAUGGGACUCAUUUUGACAUAGAUAAGGACCCUCUGGUCACCAUGAAGCCCGGCUCAGGAACCCUCACAAUCAACAUCAUGAGCGAAGGGAAAGCAGAGACCUACGAAGGGGUUUAUCAAUGUACUGCCAGGAACGAACGCGGAGCAGCAAUUUCUAAUAAUAUUGUUGUCCGUCCAUCCAGGUCACCGUUGUGGACCAAAGAAAAACUUGAACCAAUAACACUUCGAAAUGGCCAGUCUCUGGUCCUUCCCUGCAGACCCCCACUUGGAUUACCACCACCUAUAAUAUUCUGGAUGGAUAAUUCCUUUCAAAGACUUCCACAAAGCGAGAGGGUUUCUCAGGGUCUGAAUGGAGACCUUUAUUUCUCCAACGUUCUCCCGGAGGAUACCCGUGAAGACUAUAUCUGUUAUGCCAGAUUUAAUCAUACUCAAACCAUACAGCAGAAGCAGCCUAUUUCGGUCAAGGUGAUUUCAGUGGAUGAAUUGAAUGACACUAUAGCUGCUAAUUUGAGUGACACUGAGUUUUAUAGUGCUAAACCAAAUAGAGAGAGGCCACCAACCUUUUUAACUCCAGAAGGCAACACCAGUAACAAGGAGGAAUUAAGGGGAAAUGUCCUUUCGCUAGAAUGCAUCGCAGAGGGGCUGCCUACCCCGGUCAUUUACUGGAUAAAAGAGGACGGCACGCUACCCACCAACCGGACAUUUUAUAGGAACUUUAAGAAAACUCUGCAGAUUAUUCAGGUUUCAGAAGCAGACUCCGGAAAUUACCAGUGUAUAGCCAAAAAUGCAUUAGGAGCAAUCCAUCAUACCAUUUCUGUCACGGUCAAAGCGGCUCCAUACUGGAUCCUGGCACCUCAAAAUCUUGUACUGUCCCCGGGAGAGGAUGGGUCGCUGAUCUGCAGAGCUAACGGCAACCCCAAGCCCAGGAUCAGCUGGUUAUCGAAUGGCGUCCCAAUAGAAAAGCCCUUCAAAGAACAGGUUCCCCGACCGUGGUUGUAUGCUGGACACUCCAUCUUCGCUAAGUUUUCCCUCCCCAAGUAUGCCGAGGUCACCUCGAGCAAUACUGGCUGCUGUGUGCCACCUCGUGAGCCACCUUUCCUGGACCACUCCCGGCUUGCUCGCUCUCAAGCCAGCUUCCCUAGCCUGCCGCCGUGCCGCCCAGAACAGUCCCCCAGACUUCUUGAGCUGUGCACCUGUAGAUGCUUCCAGCAACGAGGGAGCGGUGGUGGGAGGGGGAGCGGUGGCGGAGAGGCCGGGUUGGCAAGGGAGAGCAGUCUGCUGCGGUAUACGGAGGCACAGAAUGGGCCUGCUGAGCCACCACGAAUCCUUACAUCUGCAAAUACACUCUAUCAGGUCAUUGCAAACAGGCCUGCUUUACUAGAUUGUGCCUUCUUUGGGUCUCCUCUUCCUACCAUUGAGUGGUUCAAGGGAGCUAAGGGUAGCGCGCUCCGUGACGAUAUUUAUGUUUUGCAUGAAAAUGGAACUUUGGAAAUUCCUGUGGCCCAAAAGGACAGUACAGGAACUUACACGUGUGUUGCAAGGAAUAAAUUAGGAAUGGCAAAGAAUGAAGUUCACUUAGAAAUCAAAGAUCCAACCAGGAUCAUUAAGCAGCCUGAAUAUGCAGUAGUGCAAAGAGGGAGCACGGUGUCCUUUGAAUGCAAAGUGAAACACGAUCACACCUUGACCCUCACCAUCACGUGGCUGAAGGACAACGGUGAGCUGCCCAGUGACGGAAGGUUCACUGUUGACAAGGACCAUUUGGAGGUAGCUGAUGUGAGGGACAGCGAUGGUGGGGCCUACACAUGCGUGGCCAACACAACUCUAGACAUGGUCUCCGCCAGUGCUGUGCUUAGCGUCGUCGCUCCUACUCCAACUCCAGCUCCUAUUUACGAUGUCCCAAAUCCUCCCUUUGAUUUAGAAUUGACGGAUCGACUCGACAAAAGUGUUCAGCUGUCGUGGACCCCAGGCGAUGACAACAAUAGACCUAUUACAAAAUUCAUCAUUGAAUAUGAAGACGCAAUGCAUGAGGCAGGACUGUGGCACCACCAAACCGAGGUUUCUGGAAUGCAGACCACAGCCCAGCUGAAGCUGUCACCUUAUGUGAACUACUCCUUCAGAGUGAUGGCGGUGAACAGCCUCGGGAGGAGCCUGCCCAGCGAGCCAUCUGAACAGUAUUUGACUAAAGCUGCAGAACCAGAUACAAAUCCCACGGCUGUGGAAGGACUAGGAUCCGAGCCUGAUAAUUUGGUGAUUACCUGGAAGCCCUUGAAUGGUUUCGAAUCUAAUGGGCCAGGCCUCCAAUACAAAGUUAGCUGGCGCCAGAAAGAUGGCGAUGAUGAAUGGGCAUCAGUGGUUGUGGCGAACGUAUCCAAAUAUAUUGUCUCAGGCACACCAACCUUUGUUCCAUACUUGAUAAAAGUGCAGGCCCUGAAUGAUGUGGGGUUUGCUCCAGAGCCGGCUGUGGUCACGGGCCAUUCCGGAGAAGACCUCCCAAUGGUGGCUCCCGGAAAUGUGCGUGUAAAUGUGGUGAACAGUACCUUAGCUGAGGUGCACUGGGACCCGGUACCUGUGAAAAGUAUCCGAGGACACCUGCAAGGCUAUCGGAUUUACUACUGGAAGGCACAGGAGGGUUCACUUAAGAGAAACAGACGCCACAUCGAGAAAAAGAUCCUCACUUUCCAGGGCAGCAAGACACACGGCAUGUUGCCCGGGCUGGAGCCUUUCAGCCACUACGCACUGAACGUGCGAGUGGUCAACGGGAAAGGGGAGGGCCCGGCCAGCCCCGACAGAGUCUUUAAUACUCCAGAAGGAGUCCCCAGUGCUCCGUCCUCUUUGAAGAUUAUUAACCCGACGCUAGACUCCCUCACUUUGGAAUGGGACCCACCGAGCCGCCCCAAUGGCAUUUUGACUGAGUACACCUUAAAGUAUCAGCCAAUCAACAGCACGCACGAGUUAGGCCCACUGGUGGAUCUGAAAAUUCCUGCCAACAAGACGCGCUGGACUUUAAAAAAUUUAAACUUCAGCACUCGGUAUAAGUUUUAUUUCUAUGCGCAAACAGCAGCAGGAUCGGGGAGUCAAAUCACAGAGGAAGCAGUGACAACUGUGGAUGAAGCUGGUAUUCUUCCGCCUGAUGUAGGUGCAGGCAAAGCAAUGGCAAGCCGACAGGUGGAUAUUGCGACUCAGGGCUGGUUCAUUGGUCUGAUGUGUGCCGUCGCUCUUCUCAUCUUAAUUUUGCUGAUCGUUUGCUUCAUCAGAAGAAACAAGGGUGGUAAAUAUCCAGUUAAGGAAAAGGAAGAUGCUCACGCUGAUCCUGAAAUCCAGCCUAUGAAGGAAGACGAUGGCACUUUUGGAGAAUACAGUGACGCAGAAGACCACAAGCCUUUGAAAAAGGGCAGUCGAACACCUUCAGACAGGACGGUGAAGAAAGAAGAUAGCGACGAUAGCCUAGUUGACUACGGAGAGGGGGUGAACGGCCAGUUCAAUGAGGACGGCUCCUUUAUUGGACAAUACAGCGGUAAGAAGGAGAAAGAACCCGCCGAAGGAAACGAAAGCUCAGAGGCACCUUCUCCUGUCAAUGCCAUGAAUUCCUUUGUUUAA